AUUGAACAUUCAACCGACCGUCGCAACUUUCCGAUGCGCAUCCCCUCCACCACGAAUAAGGUAUAGUAUUUGCCUUGCGAUUGACACGAUUCGACACGACCGACCGAACUCCGACUCACGACCAUUACGAUCCCCAGGAAUAUCCUCAGAUUUUGGAACACGCCUUGAAUGCACUCUGAGACAUCCACGGCAGACUCACCACAUUACGACUCACGGCCGCAUUUCACAACAGAAGACCCAAGGACCAAUACCCUCGGAGAUUUUUCAUAAGGCUUGAAACCCGAUAUUAUUUGUAGGAUUGGAAUCUUGAGAUCAUCGACUUUCAUAAGACCACCGAAACCAUGGGAGAUGACCUCCCAUCGUCGCCAGCACCGGCUGGAUUCGCGACGACGACGGAAGAGUUGGCAUACUACAAAUCGCAGUAUGAGCAACUGGAACUCGAACUGCAAGAUUUCCAGGCGUCAAGUCGCGAACUAGAAACAGAGCUCGAGAAAGAUGUCGAAGCAUCAGAGAAGAGGGAACGACAACUUCAGGAGAAGGUGGAGAAUCUGGGAUUUGAGGCCGAGGAAUGGAAGACCAAGUACAAACAAGCCAAGAACGAAGCUGGUAAUGCACAGAGCACGCUGCAAAAGGAGAUCACAUCACUACGGGAUAGCAACCGAACAAUGCAGUUCAAGUUAAGGGAUAUCGAAGUCGCAAACGAUGACUACGAGCGCCAAGCACGGAACACGACAUCCUCUUUGGAGGAUCUCGAAUCCAAGUACAACGUCUCGAUCGAGCACGGUGUAAUGUUGGAAGAGGAGAUCAAAAUCGGCGAGCAAGAGCGCGAGGGCCUACGCAUCGAAAACCAACGCAUCCGAGACGAGUUAUCCGACCUUAAGAUCGAGGCAGAAAUCAUCCAGGAGAAGCUGAGGUUAGCGGAGGCCAACAUCGCACAAGGCCACCUUCGACAGCCAUCUCGGACAUUAGCCGUCGAGACUCUCCGAUCACAGUCACCCAUAUCCGAAUCAACAUCUGCGACGACCGUAUCCUCUCCCACGGUUUCCACCCCUCCCGCCACCAAAUCAGAACCAUCCACCCUCUCCGCAACCCCUCCGUCCCCUCCCCUCUCCGAAUCCGCCGGACUCGCGCACGCCCCUGCCCCCGUCACCCCCGCGAUAUCCAAACCGCGCACCCGCGCCACCACCGGCGCCUCCGUCUCCCGCAAACCCGGCCUUCCCACCACCCGCACCCCCAGCCACAUCCGUGGCCCCUCCAUCGCCUCCACCACCUCCGCCACCCCCUCCUUCCGCCGCUCCGUCACCCAAAAACCCGCCCCUACCCCGCGCUCCCGCCCCUCUAUCCCCGCACUCACCACCCACCCGGCCCCCUCCACCACCCUCCCCCGCUCCGGCUCCCUCCACCACAUCCGCGCCCUCCGCGGCAAAAUGGAAAAACUCGAGGCCCGCGUCCACUCUGCCCGCAGCAAACUCCCCGCCCCCACCGCCACCCCGCCCCGCGCUAGUCCCCGCGCCGGAAUUGCCCGACCCGACUCCCUCCACCACCCUGCCUCCACCCCCUCCGUCCCCGCCACCGUCACCGUCCGCUCCUCCAAAAAACGCAUCUCCUCCACCGCUAGUAGCCGCAACAGCGACAUCGGCGUCAGCGGCCGCCGCAGCCUCGGCGGCGCGCGCACACCCGUGGGCGGGGAGCGCGGCGAACGAACAAGCCUCCUCGGCGGGUUCGCGGACGCCGGCGGCACGUAUAUCAGCGGCAGUCGGCCGAGCAGCCGGGCGAGCGUUGCGAGCAAUGCGGGGGGGUUCGUGCGGCCGAGCAGUCGGGCGAGUAUGAGUAAUAUUCGGGCGGGGGCGAGGACGCCGGUGGGGUUUUCCGGGGGAAGUGCGCAGGGGGCGGCGGGGAUAAUGAGGCCGAGGAGUAGUGUGUCGGGGACGUUUGCGCCGCCGAGCCUGAGUAGUUCGUUAUCAGGGCAUGCAGGCCAGCAUGGGCAUGGGCAUGGGCAUGGACACGGUCACAGUCACUCGGUCAGCCAUUCGCUGAGUCGGUCGGUCAACGGCGCGGGGGUGGGAGAUAUCGAGGACGACGAGGAGGAUGAGGAUGCGAGCUUCGUGACGCCGGUGGCAAGGCGCACGACGCUGGACCGGGCGGUCGCGGCCGGCAGUGGGAUUCCGACGCCGGCGGGAUUGAAGAGGCAGAGUAAGGGAGGGGAGGGGAGGAGGCAGAGUGGGGUGGAGGGGGAGAUGGGGCCGCCGGAGAGGAGGGGGCGGUUGAGUGGGGUGGGGGAGACGUAUUGA